AUGGGGGAAUGGACGAUCCUAGAGAGGCUCUUGGAGGCUGCUGUCCAGCAGCACUCUACUAUGAUAGGAAGGAUCCUGCUCACCGUGGUGGUGAUCUUCAGGAUCCUCAUCGUUGCCAUAGUCGGGGAGACGGUGUACGACGACGAGCAGACCAUGUUCGUGUGCAACACCUUGCAGCCGGGCUGUAACCAGGCGUGCUACGACAAGGCGUUCCCCAUCUCGCACAUCAGGUACUGGGUCUUCCAGAUCAUCAUGGUGUGCACGCCCAGCCUCUGCUUCAUCACCUACUCCGUGCACCAGUCCGCCAAGCAGCGGGAGAGGAAGUUCUCGACCGUGUACGUGCCGCUGGACAAGGACCAGGACUCGCUCAAGAGAGAGGACAGCAAGAAGAUCAAGAACACCGUGGUGAACGGAGUGCUCCAGAACACGGAGAACUCGACCAAGGAGGCCGAACCCGACUGCCUGGAGGUGAAGGAGAUCCCAAGCGCGGCGCUGAGGACUACAAAGUCCAAGAUGAGGCGCCAGGAGGGCAUCUCCAGGUUCUACAUCAUCCAGGUGGUGUUCCGAAACGCGCUGGAGAUCGGCUUCCUGGUGGGCCAGUACUUCCUCUACGGGUUCAGCGUCCCCUCCGUGUACGAGUGCGACCGGUACCCGUGCAUCAAAGACGUCGAGUGCUACGUGUCGAGACCUACGGAGAAGACCGUGUUCCUGGUCUUCAUGUUCGCCGUGAGCGGCUUCUGCGUGGUCUUGAAUCUGGCCGAGCUCAACCACCUGGGCUGGAGGAAGAUCAAGACGGCCGUGAGGGGUGUCCAGGCCCGGAGGAAGUCCAUUUACGAGAUCAGGAAUAAGGACCUGCCUCGGAUGACUGUGCCUAACUUCGGUCGCACUCAGUCCAGCGACUCCGCGUACGUGUAA